CAAGCACAUUUGAGUACUGACUACUCGGAGAACUGAAGUCACUUAAAAAGAGCAACCGCCUCGCGCACGACGUAGAAGAGGAGACCACGCUUAUCAGUCAACUUCGCAGCACAUCAUGGCUGCUCGCUGGGCUGUCUUCGCGAGUGUCGUCAUCUGGAUGGUACUUGCUGCCAGAGGUCAAUGGGAGGAGUCGAAAAUCAUUGGCGGUACCGCUGUCAGCAUUAACAAGUCACCUUUCUUGGCCGCCCUCGAGAAACGCGACACCUCUUCAGCUCCAUUCCUCCAAAAUUGCGGCUGUGUCAUCAUCGAUAGGCUGUAUAUAAUCUCAGCAGCCCACUGUUUUGCCGAGCUUGCUGAUGACCUGACCAUAUCUUACCCCGCUGCGUCCCUUUUCCGCAUACGCGCCGGAUCGUCUCUGUUGGAGAGAGGGGGCACCCUCCACUCAGUAGCUAAAUACUGGGUGCAUCCUAAAUUCAAGGGAAUCAAAGGAACCCAAGGCACAGCCUUGGAUUACGACAUCGCUGUCGCUCGUCUGAAGACACCUAUCGUCUUCGGGAAGACGGUGGCCAAGGCCAAUCUCAUCGGCAUGGGACAGCACCUCAAGAAGGGUACCAAGGUCAUCACUGCGGGCUGGGGAGUAACGCAGGUUAAUGGGCAGAACGCCGCGCCAUCCGCGCUCCUUCGACGAGCCGUCUUCAGCAUCGUGGAACAGCCCGAGUGUGAUCGGCAGUACCUCAAGCAAGCCAAUGCAAGAGUGUCACAGCGCUGCAUUUGCACCUAUGCGGCAAGCAAGGGCAACUGCCUGGGAGACUCUGGUGGUGCCGUGUACAACAGGACGGGCAAUGUCGUGGUCGGCAUCGUCUCAUGGGGCGCAUGCGUUCAGGUGCCGAACGUCGUUACUGACCUUGGCAACGUGGAAAUUCGCAACUUCAUAAGGAACCAAAGUAAAUUAAAAGUGUAAGAAUUCCUUGUCUCUCCGACGAGCGAAGCUACCGGAAAUGGAUAACAAGUCGGCAGCUUGGGCCGCCGUCGGCAUUAAUUAAAUCCUCACAUACAUUUGGCCCUGUGUGUUAAGAUAAUAAUAAAAUUGAAAUCAGACUAAA